AUGAAAGUGACAAAUCUGGAAUGCGAUCUAUCUGAAGUGAUCAUUUCAAGUCCCAUUGGGAAUUACAAAAUCUUGGCUUGCCCUCAAGGCUUGCAUCAAGUCGGUCAGACCGAUGAUGUGGAUAACAACAACUUUUUAGCCUUAGGUCAAGCUAUCGUCCAAUUCGUGGAGGGUUCGAAAACUGACAACCCCCAUCUUUUGACAGCAUUUGCAUGGAUGACCGAGUAUUUCAGUAACAAUCGAGAUAUUAGUGACAAGGUACAAGUUUGCCCCCAAGUCAUAGGAGAGUCAGAGGAAUCCCGGUCGUUUCGUCAAAAGGUCUGGAUGUCCCUUAAACUGAAAGUUGGCCUGGGUGAAACCGUUAGCUAUGCUCAACUAGCGGCAUUGGCGGGUAGUGCGGGCGCUUCUCGGGCCGUGGGAUCAGCCAUGGCUAAUAACCCAAUUGGUCUGAUCAUCCCAUGUCAUCGGGUAGUCAAGUCUGACGGAUCAUAUGGGAAUUACGCGAAAUCCACCAAGAAUGAUGUCAAAACUUGGCUGCUAACGCAUGAGCAAUCGCAUGCUGAUAAAUUGUAAAAGCGAUAUGAUGCAAAUAGAUAUGCAAGAUAA